CUAAAUUUAUUUUAUAUGUUCUUCUAUCUAUCCAAUCAUAUGCCUAUUCCAAUGUUUACGGAAUUGAGAACCCACUGUUUCCUGUCUGCAGAAAAGUGAAUGGUGCAUUGCAAGUAUUUACGUUGGCUCGUCCUCUAUCAUGAUGUCAAAAAGCAAAACAAAAUAAAAACCCAACACCACUUUUCCCGCAAAGCCUGCGCCCACAGCAAUUCCCACCAAACCACUAUUUUUCACUACGAACCUCACAAUCAUCGCACCUCCUUCUCCCACCGCAAAAGAAACCACACACCCCUCCCCUCUCACCACCCACCACCCAACCCCGCCCCCCUUAAAUAAUCCCAAACACAAACCAAAAAACAAAUCGCAAAAAAGAAAGCCUCUUCGGUCUUAAGCGACGCAGACAAGAUUCGAACUUGCGCGGCCGAAGCCAUGUGAUAUCGGAG